UUCUUCGUUGGCUAUCCUAGCUUUUUCCCGCCGUGCCUCUCGUCUUCCCCGAGCAAAUUUCUGAAUCCACAAUGUCGCUGGUUGCCAACGAAGAUUUUCAGCACAUUUUGCGUGUGCUGAACACUAAUGUUGAUGGAAAGCAAAAGAUUAUGUUUGCUUUGACAUCCAUCAAAGGUAUUGGGAGGCGAUUUGCAAACAUUGUCUGCAAGAAGGCUGAUGUUGACAUGAACAAGAGAGCUGGUGAAUUGAGUGCUGCUGAGUUGGACAAUCUCAUGGUUGUUGUUGCAAACCCUAGGCAGUUUAAAAUUCCAGAUUGGUUCUUGAACAGACAGAAGGAUUACAAGGAUGGAAAAUAUUCUCAGGUUGUGUCAAAUGCACUGGACAUGAAGCUGAGGGAUGACUUGGAGCGUUUGAAGAAGAUCAGGAACCACCGUGGUCUGAGGCACUACUGGGGCCUUCGUGUCCGUGGUCAGCACACCAAGACAACUGGUCGCAGAGGGAAGACUGUUGGUGUCUCUAAGAAGCGCUGAACAUUUUAUUGUCAUUUCAAUCAAAUAUAUUUUUUCAGGAAGAAUUCUACUUUAAUUGUUCUUUUAAUCAAGACAAUUUUGGAUGUGAUUCUCGUCCUUUUAAUGUGGGUCAUUAACCCUGUGAAACCCCAUAAUCUUUCAGUCAUUUGCAUCAUCUUUCUUGGCUGUAUGCGUGCAUUAUAGGGUUAUUUUAUAAGAUCAGAUUUUCUUUCAUUGUUUGAUAAAUAAUUGUUUAGAACCAGUUGAGAGAAUGGAUGAAACUCUAUUCCACUUCUACUCGGAUUGAUGGGUCACAACAAUAAUUGUUUAAUGACAGU